UCCACAGCACUACAGCCAAUGAUGGAAGGGUGCUUCUGGAGGAUCUUGCUGGUGGCUGGGGCUCUUUCAGCCUCUGGGGCUGCCGCACUGCCACACAGACCACUGACCUAUGAGGAGGCUGUGGCUUUUGGUGUGGAACUCUACAACAAGAAAGCAGGGGAGGACUCCCGAUAUAGGCUACUGGAGGCUGUCCCUCAGCCUGAUUGGGAUCCCACUUCUGAGAGCAUCCAAGAGCUGAACUUCACCAUCAAAGAGACGGUGUGCCUGGUCCAAGAAGAACGUGCCGAGGAUGAAUGCGACUUCAAAGACGACGGGCUGGUCAAAGAAUGCUCCGGCUACUAUUUCUUUGACGAGACGCCACCAGUGGCAGUUCUCACUUGUGAAACCGUGGGGGGAAAUGAGGAGGAGACGGAAGAGGAGAAGGAGGAGGAGAAGCAGCCCAAACGUGUGAAGAGAUUCAAGAAAUUCUUCCGGAAGAUCAAGAAAGGGUUUCGCAAAAUCUUCAAGAAAACGAAGAUUUUCAUUGGUGGCACCAUUCCCAUCUAAGAGAUGAUUCGGAAGGGCCCGGCCUCAGAUCUUCGGUCAAAGAAAGAGAUUCGAUCCCGCAGUUUUCCAGCUUGGCGUUCCUCCUUAGACCUGCCUCUAAGGACUACGCAGAACAUCGACCAUGUUCAGGCUUCCUAACUGAUUGUGCAAAUUAGAAUUCUUUGGCUUUCUGUGCGUUUCCCCCACAUUUGGUGCUGCAAUUUGCCUAUCCGAGAAGCCGCAGAUGACCAGGUGUCGGAGCGCCGGUUCCUGGUGGAAAGGGCAAGGGAAAUCGCAGUCGAGAGAGACCGGUUCGGGAAAUGGCUCGAAUGAGGGGGGAAAACGCAUAAAUGCAUGUAACGCAGCUUUUUAAAAAUGGAAAUAAAUGCUGAAAUGAGA